CAGAUUUUGAAAUAUAUGCGGAAGUGUCUGUGCUGCUGAUUACAAAGUUAGAGUGCUGACGCGUUCAUAAGGUGGAUUUGAAUGAUCGUCGUCUCUAGACCAGCUUGAUCAAAAGUAAGAUGGGUAGGCGGAGGAAGAGGGUUGCAACAGGUGAUGGGGUACCUAGCCCAAAAAAGGAGGAAAAAACACCAGCUCCCCCACGCAAGGAGAAAAAAAAGAAAACGGACAUUGGGAAGGUGUUCAUCAAUAUAUCCAUCGGUUUGUGUAUCUUCAGUCUUAUCUGGUUCUUCUAUGCCCUUUAUAUGCGCUCAUCCUUGGCCAAGCGGGUUGUGACCUUGCACCCUUCUACACGGGUCUUGGAUGCUAAUAGCUCAAGUCCUGCUGUGUCUCCUGAAAGAUAUUGGGGUACCUAUCGGCCCCAGGUUUACUUCGGGAUGAAAACAAGAAGUCCUAGAUCUGUUGUGACAGGCUUAAUGUGGAUGCGCCAGUUUGCUGAAAUGGAUUUAAAUCUUAGGCACACUUGCGAGCAAGGGGACCAUUUGCUGGGAUACGGAUGGCUAAUGCAUGACGGAGCCUCUUUUGGAGUCCAGGAGGUCCAUGACCGUGAUUUCACCCUGACGACAGAGUUUGUGAAACGUAUGGGUGGAAAUCAUGGUGGAGACUGGACUUGGAGGAUUACUGCAAAACAACAUAGCACUGCUUCCUCGGCUCCUGUGAUCUCGUUGAUGUUCUACGCUGCAACAGAUGUUCAAGGUUCCUUGCUGGCCCAUGUAGAAGAGAAAAACCGCUUGAGCUCUGUGACUGGAACCUCUGAGGAGCUUGGCACCUUCAAGAUUACGUUUGGCAAGCCCACUGCAGGGGAAGGUGCUAGUGGAAAAUAUGCCAGAUAUAAUUACUUGCAAACUAAGAGCCCUGGUCUUGAUAAGCUAACCGAUAUAGUGAAGAACAGCCUAAAUCACAAGUUUACUUUUAGUCCCUCCAAAGGUGAAAAAAGACCGUAUUUUGCUGUGGAUUCUUAUAAAGUCACAAACCACCAGAACCAACAGAAAGAUCCCAAGAUGGAGAGUGAUUUUGUGGUGCAUCAAGUGACUGUACAAACCCCUUUCCAGAUUGAAGUUUUGUUUGAAUCCGGGAGCUUCCGUGAACGACCGAAUCAGCUUGUGGGCUCGGUUCUCACAGACGAGCUGGAGAAGCGUAAGGUGGCAUUCGAUGAGAAGUUUGAGAGUUCAUUUGGCCUCCAAGCUAAAGGGUUCACAUCUUCACAGAUCGAAUUUGCUAAGGCAGCUUUAAGCAACAUGCUUGGUGGCAUGGGAUAUUUCUUCGGACAGUCGGUUGUCCAGUCGGCUUACAACGAGCACCCUGUGCUUUACCCUGAGGGUCCGCUGUUUACAGCAGUACCGUCUCGCUCUUUCUUUCCAAGGGGCUUUCUUUGGGAUGAAGGAUUUCAUCAGCUUCUCAUCAGCAAAUGGGACACUCGGUUAACACAGGAGGUCAUUGCGCACUGGCUCGAUCUUAUCAAUGUAGAGGGCUGGAUCCCACGUGAACAAAUCUUGGAUGAUGAAGCACGCAGCAAAGUACCGUCCGAGUUUAUAGUGCAGCAUAACGAAAAUGCUAACCCGCCCACUCUUUUCCUGGCCCUGCAAGAGUUACUGGAACAGCUGGAUGCUCAACCAGAGUUGCUGUCCUCUCAAAACAUGAUUCCUUUCCUGCAAAGGUUGUACCCAAGACUGCAGAUUUGGUUUGAGUGGUUUAACACCACACAAGCUGGACCAGUUGCCAACUCCUACCGCUGGCGAGGCCGGGACAAAGACACUAACCUUUUCCUAAAUCCCAAGACCUUGACAUCUGGCUUGGAUGACUACCCACGGGCUUCCCACCCAUCUGCUGAUGAGAGGCAUGUGGACUUGUAUUGCUGGAUGACCCUAGCCUCUGGCAUCAUGGCAAAUGUGGCACGAAUACUUGGGGAACCCCACCAGGUGUACGAAAACACUCAUCGUGCUCUCAGCAACAAUGAUCUCUUAAACAAACUGCAUUGGUCUGAGAAUCUGCACUCCUUCAGUGAUUAUGGAAACCAUACUCAGGCGGUCUCACUUCAGCAAGAGAAAGUGUUUGUGCCUCCCGGACAACCGCGGCACCAGUUCCCGGCCACACGGUUGGUUCGCUCUGUUCGUAAAGCCCCUAAACUGCAGUACGUAAAUGCGUUAGGCUAUGUUAGCCUUUUUCCAUUCUUGCUAAAAAUUUUGACACCAGACUCCCCAAGAAUGGAGCAUAUUUUGCGGGACAUUCAAGAUCCUGACCGCCUUUGGACAACCUUUGGUCUACGCUCACUCUCACGUUCAGAUCCCCUCUACAUGAAGCGGAACACAGAACACGAUGCUCCCUACUGGCGAGGAGCGAUCUGGAUCAACAUCAACUACCUGGCAGUUAGAGCACUGCAUCACUAUGGCAGCAUAGAAGGGCCAUACAAAGAGAAGGCAGCUACCCUAUAUCAAGAGCUCAGGACUAACCUCAUUAAUAAUGUUUACAAGCAGUAUAUGGACACUGGAUACAUCUGGGAACAGUACAAUGAUAGCACUGGAAGGGGACAGGGAAGCCACCCCUUUACUGGCUGGUCGGCUCUGACUGUACUGAUAAUGGCUGAAGAGUAUUGAAAAUCAGUAGCAGGCCAGAAUCAGAAUGCUAAAUCAAGAUACUCAACUGGUGCCAUAUGUUUAAAACAAAAGUGUAAUUCAUUUUUACGUAAUUUAGAUAACUGGUGGACUUUUUUAUUUGUUCAUUUAAUAUAAUAAUAAUAAUAAUGGAGAGUCCUGAUUAAAUAUUUCAAUUUUACAUGCAGUAAAAUUGUGGAAAUUUAAUGUGAUUUAUAUCCUCAGGUUUGAAAAGCUGCAGACUUUUUCUGGAUCAGACACAACAAUAUCAUUUGUGUUAACCAGGAGGACACAGUGCACUUAUUUUGGUCCAUUUGCUGUUUGGCUUCAUUUAACAGAAUAAAUUAAAACUUCUUAUAAAAUCA